UCUGGAUAAAAGGGUCUGCUAAAUGAUCGCGUUAGUAACAAACCACCAAGCUCAUCCAAUGCUGUAUGUCCACUUGAUUGGCAAGUAUUCUAAAAUGAUUUCCCUGUAUUGAGACUCCCACCCCCCCAGCCAUUCAACACUUUGUUUAUGGGAAUCCCAGACUUGCCUCCUGGACUGAGGUGUUGUUCCCUUAGCUGAGACCUAUUUCUGUAGCCUAUGGAUGUCACUGUCCUGCCGAGGGCUGAUGCCGUGUAAGUACAACACCCAGGAAUAGUACUGCUCACUUUGCCCCCUGGUUACAAUGGAUGACAUCACUCAACAGAGAAUACUGGGAGGAGUCAUUCUUAAAGACAUAAUGGCAAGUACAUUUUCACCUCUUGUUUGCUUUGAGUCUACAGUAUAUCAGUAAACAUACUGAGUACACCCCGGCAGCCCCCCGCCCAGAACAGCCUCAAUUCAUCAUUCGACAUAAAUAAGGGAUCAUGGCUUUCACCUGGAUUCACCUGGUCAGUCUAUGUCACGGAAAGAGCAGGUGUUUGAAUCAACACACGUAUGACACGCCUGGUUGGUUGCAUAUUAACUAGAACGACUUCUGAAGAACUGUAAAGUGUAAUUUGGAACUGUUAUGAAUGCCUUGGGCAUGACUAGUCUACGAUACCACUUAUCAUAGAGAGGGUUUGUUAUACUAAUCAAUGGGUACUUUUGAAGCAAAUGGGAGGUACCUUCUUCACAAUGUAGCAGGCUAGGGAAGAGAAGAGAUGUGUUAUCGCCGGAACGUAAGUCACAGGAGCAUGGACUUGGCUGUCGCAAUCUACUGCACUUCUCAAUCAUAACAAAGAGUGGCACCUUCAAAUGGCAGCUCACAGUUCAACCCCUCUUGGUCAAGACCCAUUUCUUUCAAAGCGGAUCCUGCUUUUACUUGGAGAGAGACUGAGUGGAAAGAGCUCAGUGGGGAACACCAUCUUGGGAAAGAGGGAAUUUGACACAGGGAUAAUGACAACUCACAGCUCCAAGAGGAAGGGCACUGUUGCAGGAAGACAGGUGACUGUGGUGGACACUCCUGGAUGGUACGUCGGGAGAAGCACCCCUGGCAGUGUGGCACAGGAGCUGGGGCGAGCCCUGUCCCUCUGUUCCCUGGGGCCCCAUGCCAUCCUCCUGGUGGUCUCUGCCAUAGGGGACUUCAGUCAGGGAGAAUGGAGGGCCAUGGAGGAGCACCUGAGGCAGAUCCAGGCCCCUAUCUGGCAGCGAGCUAUAGUGCUCCUCACCCACGGAGCUGAGAUACCAAGAGGAACCUCUGCUGAGGAACACAUCCGAGGGAAGGGCAAGAGUCUCCUGUGGCUUGUGGAGAGGUGUGGGAACAAGUUCCAUGUUCUGGACAGCCACGCCAGGGACAAACAGGUUCAGGUCCAAUUGCUGUUGGAGAAGAUUGAUAGGAUGGUUGAGAUAAAUAGGCGUCCAAGGGAAAUACAGGAGAGGUUGUACACCCAGGUGAGAGAGAGCUUGAGGAUGGGAGGAGGGAAACAGCAGGGAGAGGACAUAGAAAUGCUUGUCAUGCAGGACAUGAGGACAAGGCAGAACCAGCGGGUCACAGCAGUGGUACCCAUAGAGACAUCUAAAUGUAGGCCAGCUGCGUUUGGCCUUGUGCUGCUGGGAAGAAGAUGUUCUGGGAAGAGUUCAGCAGGAAAUACCAUUCUUGGCAGAAGAGAGUUUGGUAGUGGCAAAAGAACAGUCCAUUGUGUGGUGGGACAGGGAGAGGUGGGAGGGAGGACAGUCGCGGUGGUGGACACUCCCGGUUGGAGUCUCUACGGUCUGUCCAACCCGAAGCAGGUCAGACUGGAGAUGAGAGGCAGUGCAUCCCUGUGCCCCUAUGGGGUAGUGUGUACAUUCCUCUUGGCCAUACCUGUUGACUCCUUCACAGAGAAAGAUAGGUGUGCUGUGGAGAAAUACCUGAGUGUUUUGGGUGAGGGGGUAUGGAGAAGCACCAUGGUGCUUUUCACCUAUGGUGAUGAGUUAAGAGGCAGAACCAUUGAGGAGCACAUUGAGAAGACUGGAGAGCCUCUCCGUGGGCUGCUGGCGAAGUGUUCUCACAGGUACCAUGUCUUAGAUAACAAUAUUAAGGGCGAUCUAACCCAGGUUGUCGAGCUGUUGCAGAUGGUGGAGCAGUUGUAGACACUGGAUCAUUCACCUCUGCGGAUAACACCCUGUUAUAUAAAAUGUUUGAAAUUAUACAUUGAUGUCUUAUCUAAAACAAAAUGUCUAUGUUCCUCUGUAUCCAGUCAAAUCAUUUAAAGGUCAACUGCAGCCAAAAAUGGGGUUUAAUAUAUAUUUCCACACCAUGAGGUUGGAAUAAUACUGUGAAAUAGUGAAAAUUAGGAUAAUGUCCUUUCAGUGUAAGAGUUUGAUAAAACCACCUGAAACUUCUGUGGUGGGAUAUAGUUUUGGUCUUUCCAUGGUGACAUCACCAUGCUGUAAUUUGACAUUCCUUGAUUAGACUAUAUUUGAAUGAAAACAUAGAUUAUAUUAAUUAAGUCAUGAUUGACUUGAUUAAGUUACCAAUGUUAGAUGUAGACAGUUCAGGAAUACUUACUUUUUCCCUUUUGAUAAGAAAUGAUCAUACUGUACUAAGUCUGUAUUAAGUUUUUAUUCAUGUAUUAAAUACAUUGGAAAUGAAAAGUAAGUCAACCAACACAAGCUUUACAUUAAUAAAAAUGUGUCGAGUAAAUUGCCACAGUAGAUUCUCUCUUGUAAACGAGGAAAUACCUACUAUCAAUAUCAACGGAAUUGGUAAUUCUCAAAUAGUUAAAGCUAUGCUUAGUCUGCUCAAACAUUAGGUUUAUUUACACUGGUAAUACCCACCAGACGGAUAAAUAGUCUUGAACAUUUUUGACAGCAAACAGUGCAGUCAACAUUGUUUUUCCUGUAUUUUCUAUCACAUUGUACAGCCGAUGAAACUAACACUGUAAAAUUGUGAGAAAAUGUGAUCACUGUUAUUUCCAGCCGCGUCCUCAGAGCAUGCGCAGACCAGCUGGCUGGUGUGUUUACGGACAUAUUCAAUCAAUCCCUAUCCCAGUCUGCUGUUCCCACAUGCUUCAAGAGGGCCACCAUUGUUCCUGUUCCCAAGAAAGCUAAGGUAACUGAGCUAAACGACUACCGCCCCGUAGCACUCACUUCCGCCAUCAUGAAGUGCUUUGAGAGACUAGUCAAGGACCAUAUCACCUCCACCCUACCUGACACCCUAGACCCACUCCAAUUUGCUUACCGCCCAAAUAGAUCCACAGACGACGCAAUCGCAACCACACUGCACACUGCCCUAACCCAUCUGGACAAGAGGAAUACCUAUGUGAGAAUGCUGUUCAUCGACUACAGCUCAGCAUUUAACACCAUAGUACCCUCCAAACUCGUCAUCCCUGGGUCUCGACCCCGCCCUGUGCAACUGGGUACUGGACUUCCUGACGGUCCAUCCCCAGGUAGUGAGGGUAGGUAACAACAUCUCCACCCCGCUGAUCCUCAACAAUGGGGCCCCACAAGGGUGUGUUCUGAGCCCUCUCCUGUACUCCCUGUUCACCCACGACUGCAUGGCCAUGCACGCCUCCAACUCAAUCAUCAAGUUUGCAGACGACACUACAGUGGUAGGCUUGAUUACCAACAACGACGAGACGGCCUACAGGGAGGAGGUGAGGGCCCUCGGAGUGUGGUGUCAGGAAAAUAACCACACUCAACGUCAACAAAACAAAAGAGAUGAUUGUGGACUUCAGGAAACAGCAGAGGGAGUACCCCCCUAUCCACAUCGACGGGACAGUAGUGGAGAGGGUAGUAAGUUUUAAGUUCCUCGGCGUACACAUCACGGACAAACUGAAUUGGUCCACCCACACAGACAGCGUGGUGAAGAAGGCAACAGCAGCGCGAUUUCAACCUCAGGAGGCUGAAGAAAUGUGGCUUGUCACCAAAAGCACUCACAAACUUCUACAGAUGCACAAUCGAGAGCAUCCUGUCGGGCUGUAUCACCGCCUGUUACGGCAACUGCUCCACCCACAACCGUAAGGCUCUCCAGAGGGUAGUGAGGUCUGCACAACGCAUCACUGGGGUCAAACUACCUGCCCUCCAGGACACCUACACCACCCGAUGUCACAGGAAGGCCAUAAAGAUCAUCAAGGACAACAACCACCCGCGCCACUGCCUGUUCACCCCGCUAUCAUCCAGAAGGCGGGGUCAGUACAGGUGCAUCAAAGCAGGGAACAAGAGACUGAAAAACAGCUUAUAUCUCAAGGCCAUCAGACUGUUAAACAGCCACCACUAACAUUGAGUGGCUGCUGCCAACAUACUGACUCAACUCCAGCUCACUUUAAUCAUAGAAACUGAUGGAAAUUGAUGUAAAAAAUGUAUCACUAGCCACUUUAAAAUGCCACUUAAUAUAAUGUUUACAUACCCUACAUUACUCAUCUCAUAUGUAUAUACUGUACUCGAUACCAUCUACUGCAUCGUGCCUAUUCCGUUCUGUACCAUCACUCAUUCAUAUAUCUUUAUGUACAUAUUCUUUAUCCCUUUACACUUGUGUGCAUAAGGUAGUAGUUGUGGAAUUGUUAGGUUAGAUUACUCGUUGGUUAUUACUGCAUUGUCGGAACUAGAAGCACAAGCAUUUCGCUACACUUGCAUUAACAUCUGCUAACCAUGUGUAUGUGACAAAUAAAAUUGGAUUUGAUUUGAUUUCUGAUCAUUGCUGGUUGAAAAUACAAUCUACACAUGAUUUUCUAA